AUGACAGCCACCGCAAUGGCGACGACUGCCGUCGACAGCGUUUCGACCACGUCAAAGCCAGAUCACCUGACCGCAAAGACAAAGAUAGCCACGACGACACCAGCAACGAGCGACUCCGACUUUGCUCAUGCCAAUCUUUCCUCGAAACUACCCAAGGACCUCGCUGGGAAGCCCAUCCCACGGGCCAAGCACUGGGGCUAUGAUCUGACGCUACUCCAGCCUCGAGCGUUUGUUCUCAAAAACCUCGUCAACAUUGGCCUGAUCGCGGCCUUCACCCUCUUCAAUUCGUCGGCUCUGGGUCACAGAGUCUAUGACGAUCUCACGGCAAGGUUCGGCUCGUUCAAUCUGCGCUUCUUUGGUACUUGGAUCAUUACUACCUCGGUCCUGUGGAUAUUGUCCGGUCUCUACGCCAUUGCAGACCUCACUGGCAGGCCCAAAUGGCUGUACAAGUACAAGGUGCAACCCUUUGUACGGGUCACUGGCAAAGAGUACGCCAAUAUCGCUCUCGGCGCGUUGCGUAAUCUCGUCUUCGUUGCGACGCCCCUCAUGCUUGUGGGUGCCUGGGCAAUUCCUACGCCAACGUCUUCCGAACAGCUUCCCGGUCCACUGAGGACAGUCGCUAUCCUUCUUUUUGAUGUGCUCUGCACUGAGAUCGGCUUCUUCUACAUCCACCGUUGGUUCCACUCACCAGCCAUGUAUGCUCGCUUCCACAAGAAGCACCACGAAUACACGGCCCCCGUAGCGUUGGCCGCCACCUACUGCACGAUGACCGAGCAUCUCUUUUCGAAUCUUCUUCCCAACGCCAUAGGCGCCCUGAUCAUUCCACACCACUGGAGUCAGUACGUCUUCGCCUAUACUCUACUCGAGAUCGGCACCAUCCAGGCCCACUCCGGCUACUACAUCCCAGGACUCAACAGUCCGCUUCAGCACGACUUCCACCACUUUGCUUUCACCGAGAACUUUGGCCCGACAGGUCUCAUGGACGCAAUCUACGGCACCAACAUCCGCUACCGAAAGACGCUCGCAGAGGCAAAGCAGAACAACAACGGCAGCGAGGUCUCGGCUCGCUUGGAGGUGCUCUCUUUUCUUGCCCAGAGAGAGGUCGAGGAAUCGGAAGCGUUGAAAGGGCAGAACAAGAAAGCUGCCUAG